AUGGCAGAGCUGACACAGCGCAAAGUCGGGCCAUUGCCCUCGCUCGCCCUUUCUACAGAGAGCAUGAAAGGUGUGCGCGUGACGGAAUUUGACUCGCGCCCCGUCUGCGCCAACGAGACCCCUAGACACUACGUGCAGCAUGGUGACGCGCUCGUGUCGAGUGACGGUCGCUCUGCGACCAGUGGCGUCACGAUUGGCGGACUAAGUCGCGAGCUUCAGGAAAUGUUUUUACCGGCGGGGUAUCCGGAUAGCGUCAGUGAAGAUUACGUCAGCUUCCAGCUCUGGGACACGAUCCAAGCCAUGUGUAGCUACUUACGGGGGGUUUUGGCUACGCAAUCGGUUUUGCAGAGUGUAGGGGUAGGGAACGACACUGCCACGCCGCUUGCUGCUGCACUGCAGUGGGUUUUGCGGGACGGGUCGGGCAUGAUUGGCGGGUUGACGUUUGCGUACUUAGUCGGACCUAAGUUCGAUCUCAAUGUCAAGCGCUGGCGGCUUUUCGCUGACGUCGUGAAUGACGUGGGACUCACGUUGGACAUGGUUGCGCCGUUGGUCCCCACUUUAGUGACCGAAGUCCUCUGCCUCUCGAGUAUCUUCAAGACCAUGUGCGGCGUGGCUGUAGGCGCGACGAGGUCGUCCCUCAUGACGCACUUUGCCAAGCGAGACAACAUGGCAGACUGUGCGGCCAAAGAAGGGUCGCAAGAGACGGCCGUGAAGCUCUGUGGACUCAUUGUCGGCAUGUACUUUGCCAAUGCCGUGAACGAGUCCCAGGUUGCAGUCUGGGUGGCCUUUCUCGUGCUCACGCUCGUGCACGUGUAUGCGAAUUACAAUGCCGUGUCCUGUCUCUGUAUUCCAACCGUGAAUAUCUUGCGAGGGUCGAUCUUGGUCCAGCGGUUCUUGAAGUCAGGGACCUGUUCCAAUGGCAUGGACAAUGCUGCAGACCAGUACUCCAUUCGCAGUGUGAACCAAGAAGAACCGGUUUUUAGCAACCCUUCGCUACCAGUGACGUCGCAAUUGACGAUGGGUUCGCAGCUCCACGAGGCUGUUUUGACCUCUCAAGAUCUUGACAAACUGCUGCAAAUCUACACGGAAGAAAAGUUCUUGUUGACGGUGGUAGAAACCCAUGUACACGUCAUGUUUCAAGCAGAUGCUAAUCCCAACGACGAGCUGCGCGCCUUCUUUCAAGCUGUUCUGGUACUCCAGGCUCUGACGUUGGCCCCGUCGUCACCCCCUUCGUCACGAGGUGGCAAGAAGGGGCAUCUCUAUCUGCUCGAAUCCACUCAUCAUCAAAUGAUGACUGACUUUCCACUCUUCCUACAAGUGCUGGAGAAUCACGGUUGGCGCACCCACAUGUACUUGCUCAAUACGACCCCGUGGCGCAUCAAGAUCGGUGAACGGACCUGA